AUGCAGAGCCCGUGGACCGGGAACGCUGGCAACUUUCUCCAGACUUUGACAACUUUAAUUGCCUUUGUGCUGACUGAGGAAUUCACAGAAGUUCAGGGCAAGGAACAGAAGCGGUUCAGCCUGCAAGAGCCGCGGGCCUUGCCUGAGCCUGAGCUGGUACACCCGGUCAGAGUGGACCCCCUUGGCCGCUUCCUGUCUCACCAGCUCUCCCACCGCCUGAGGAAGCGGCCCCGCCGCCAGCUGCAACCCGAGCCCGAGCCCGUCCACUACCGCCUCUCCCUCCGGGGCCGCCUGCUCCACUUCAACCUGACCAUCAACCAGCCCCUCCUAGCCCCCGGCUUCCUGGCCGAGCGGCGCUAUGGGGGGUUGAAGGGGGCUGCCAUCAGCCGGGCCCAGAUCAACCGCUGCCACUUUGUGGGCACAGUCCAAGCUGGCAGUAGUGGGAUGGCAGCCAUCAGCACCUGCCAGGGCCUGAAAGGUGUAUUCCGAUUGUCAGAUGAGGAUUACUUCAUUGAACCGUUGGAGGGACAACCCUGGGAUGAAGAUAGAUCACAGCCCCAUGUUAUUUACAAACGGCAUGCUCCAGAAACAAAAGGAUUGGAGUCCCACUGGUUGGAUGAAUUGAUGGAGAGGUCAAAGAACAAGAGUCCUGAAGAAAAUAGAGUGUGUGGCGUGUCAGAUUCCCCGAAGAACCUGCAGUACUUGGAAAGGAAACGGGAAAAGUGGGAAAAGAAGAAACAGCGAAGGAGACGCAUCAAACAGCGCUCAAUCAGCAAGGAGAAGUGGGUGGAGACUCUGGUGGUGGCGGAUUCUAAAAUGGUGGAGCACCACGGCAGUGAGAACAUUGAAGCAUAUGUCCUCACUGUGAUGAACAUGGUCGCAGGCUUAUUCCGUGAUGCCAGUAUCGGGAACUCUGUGAACAUUGUCAUUGUCCGUCUUGUGCUAUUGGAGGAAGAUGAGGAGGACCUCAAGAUAACGCAUCAUGCUGACAACACGCUGAUGAACUUCUGCAAAUGGCAAAAGAAAAUCAACACAAAGGGAGAUAAUCACCCCAUCCACCAUGAUGUAGCUCUUCUGCUGACACGGAAGGAUAUCUGCGCUGGAAUGAACCGUCCAUGUGAGACCCUGGGAUUGUCACAUGUUUCCGGGAUGUGUCAACCCCACAGGAGCUGCAGCAUCAAUGAGGACUCGGGACUCCCACUCGCGUUCACCAUUGCACAUGAGAUCGGGCAUAACUUUGGGAUACAACAUGAUGGGACCGGCAAUGACUGUGAGCCAAUUGGGAAAAGACCUUUCAUCAUGUCCCCACAGCUACUGUACGAUACCAGCCCUCUAACCUGGUCCCGCUGCAGCAGGGAAUAUAUCACCCGCUUUCUUGACCGUGGAUGGGGUCUGUGCCUGGAUGACGUGCCGAGUAAGGAAGUGAUUGAUUUGCCCUCAGUAGCACCAGGAGUUUUGUAUGAUGUCAAUCACCAGUGCAGGAUGCAGUAUGGAGCCCGAUCAGUCUUCUGCGACAACAUGGACAGUGUCUGCAAUACACUGUGGUGUACCGUGGGAAACACGUGUCACUCCAAGCUGGAUGCCGCUGUAGAUGGUACAAAAUGCGGAGAGAACAAGUGGUGCUUCGAUGGAGAUUGCAUACCCACAGACCAGCGCCCUGACAGUACCAAUGGAAACUGGGGAGCAUGGGGUUCGUGGUCUUCCUGUAGUCGCACGUGCAGUGCAGGAAUACAAAGCGCAGAGAGACACUGCAACAAUCCAACGCCCAAGUACGGAGGCUCAUACUGUCUAGGAGAGAGGAAGAGAUUCAGGGUCUGCAACAUCAAAGCUUGUACCUCAGACCUGCCAACUUUUCGUCAGAUACAAUGCAGCCAGUUUGAUACAUUGCCUUACAAAGGGAAACUGCAUAAGUGGAUCCCUGUGCUCAGCCAAAUUAAUCCCUGUGAGCUACACUGUCGUCCCAUAGAUGGUUACUUUUCAGAGAAAAUGUUGGAUGCUGUGAUUGACGGGACACCUUGUUUCGAGGGAAACACCAGCAGGGAUAUGUGCAUCAAUGGAAUCUGUAAGAAUGUAGGUUGCGAUUAUGAAAUCGAUUCCAAUGCGUUGGAAGAUCGUUGUGGAGUCUGUCAUGGAAAUGGAUCUACCUGUGAGACAGUAAAGAAGACAUUCGAUAAAACAGAAGGACUGGGUUAUGUGGAUAUUGGGCUGAUUCCUGAAGGUGCCCGUGAGAUUCGAAUUGAGGAGGUCGCAGAAGCUGGGAACUUCCUGGCCUUGCGGAGUGAUGAUCCCGAGAAGUAUUUCUUAAAUGGUGGCUGGAUAAUCCAGUGGAAUGGAGACUACAAAGUAGCCGGGACAACAUUCACCUACGAAAGAACAGGGAACCUGGAAAAUCUAACAUCGCCAGGACCUACCAAGGAGCCAGUGUGGAUCCAGCUGCUGUUUCAGGAGACAAACCCUGGGGUGCGUUUUGAAUACACCAUUCGACGUGACCUGGAUGAUGAGAAUGAAAUUCCACCGCCGGAGUUUUUCUGGAGAUACGGCUUGUGGACGGAGUGUAGCGCAACCUGUGGUGGUGGGGUGCAGAGGCAGAUUGUGCAUUGUUUGGAGAAGAUAGCAGGAAUCGUCCAGGAACAAUACUGCGAGCUGCUCACUCGACCCGAUGACCGGCAGAGGAGCUGCCACCCAGAACCAUGCCCAGCUCGAUGGUGGGUUGGUGAGUGGCAGGCAUGCUCCUCAUCCUGCGGAGAAAUGGGAACCAUGAAGAGGACGGCUCUCUGCAUUCAGAGUGUGGGGCUGGAUGAGCAGCGGGCAUUACAACCCUCUGACUGUCAACACCUGCCCAGGCCUGAAACCACCAGCCCUUGCCACAGGGAGAUCCCCUGCCCUUCAGACUGGAGUGUGGGCAGCUGGUCAGAGUGCUCUGUGACCUGUGGGGAGGGAUUGAGGAGACGUAGUGUCCUAUGUUUAAACAACACCAACAUGACGUGCAGCUUUGAGAUGAAGCCAGCUGCGAAAAGCCAGUGCCAGCUGAAGCCUUGCCCACUGCAUAGAUCGGGCUUCACACCCCAUGACUGGUCGGGCAGUGGGGCUUCCAGCAAAGAACUCUACAACGAAGUGGGUUUCAAUCUAAACUUUGGCCCCAGCAGGGCAGUUCAGGAAGACAAUUCGAACCAAAUUCUUAACCUUGCCAACCCUCAUCCAUCUGAUCUCAAUACACCCCUGCCACACCCAUCGGAAGAUAACAACAUAAAUAACCACAUCGUUGAAGAUGAUUUCACUGUUCACAGCAGCCAGGAUGAGAAUUCUGCAAAAACCAAUGUCUUUGUAGACGACUUCUAUUAUGAUUAUAACUUCAUAAACUUCCAUGAAGACCUUGACUAUGAUCCAGAAGACAGGCUUGAAAAGGAAGAGUGGACGGGAGAGGACAUUAAACAUGAUGAAGAGCAUCUGGAAAUAAAUAACAUUUCAAACAAUGUUUGGGAGAAAAUACCUGAUGAAAGCCAUGAUAGAACUAUAGAUGACACGGGGUCAGAUGGGUUGGAGAACGUUGUGUCAACACCCACAACCAAUCAAAAACCCGACAGUCAGGAGGAAAUAGAAACACCACAUAAUCCAAUUGUAAAUUCUACCUCAGGAGCAAACGCAGCGGAUAUUGAGCUGAGUGAACUUCCUACAGAGUAUCUCAGAGUGACAGAUGGUAGUCCAAUUACAGUGUAUGACACGAACAAUGAAGAUGAUGAGGAAGAACUGUAUCAGGAAGAUGAAUUGCUGCCCAUUCAAAACACAACGAAGCACAGUGUUAAGGAAAUUGCAUCUCCAGGUUUUCCAUCAACUGAUGAUGAGAGGAGCAUUGAUCACACGAUCAGAACCCACAGUCCUCAUUAUCACAGUCCCCCAUCAAUUACAAUGACUACCUCAUCAACAAAUAACAAUGUAAACACCCCCAGUGCUUUCAAAUCCUGGCAGCAACACUAUCCUGAAGAAAAACAGAAUAUUACUGACCACAAUUUGAGUCAUCGUGUUCAAAGUACUACUGAGCAGGGGGGUCCAUUUGACAUCAAAGUGGCAGGUUAUACACAUCCAGCAGACAGUAGAGAACAAGGAAAAGGCCAAGAAUCAAAGGGGCAUAUGGAUGACAUGAAGCAAAAUCCAUUGGAGGGAGAACGGAGAGUUGAGAAGGAUGAGCAGGAAAUUGUAAAUAAGAAAGCCCACUUCCCCAGCAGUACACUGGGCAAUAGCCAUUAUCUAGGUGAUGUGGUCCAUGUGGAUGACAGUCCAUAUCCACAGCAUGAGACCCAUGACCAAGACAUUGAUGUUAUUAAUAAAAAUCUUAACUCUUGGGAAAGCCUUGGCACUUUCAACUCUAUCACUGGAAUGUCAACUACAACACCAUCAUUCUUCAUUGAUCCAAAUGACGUUCCUGUUUUGGAAAUGUUACAUUGGUCAGUUCACCAAAAACAAACUGAAGCUAACUCACCAGGAAGGCAUCAUGUAGGCAGUUCUUCCGAGUUACCAGGAAACAUCAUCCAGCCAGGUGACUUUGAGUAUGAUAACACUCGAGCAAAUGUGCAAUCCCCCAGUCAUUCUGUUGCAACACAAACUCCACCUUUAUUGGCACCAGUAUUAGCCACAUCCUCACCCCCAGUGUUCUCAGAAGCAACAGGAGUGUCAACAACUCCAGUGGCUUUCACAGAUCAGCCAAAUCUGGAUCGUCCGCUACAAACUCAGAGUACAAGUGACAGAACCCAAUCACACAAUUUUCUGCCAAUUGAGGUAACCCACUCUGGUCAUUCAUUUAUUCAUGCAGUGACUCCACAGUCUAGACUGUCAACAGGAUCAUCAUUGACACCAGCAAGUCUACAUCAACAGGGGACACGACUGGGAAAAACUCCAUCAUCAAGAUCUGUAGCAGUGAGCUCCACACGAACUACUACCUCUUCAGGUAAAGGUAUCUCCAGACCUAACCUAUCAGCAGCUACAUCACCAAAACCUACCUCAGCUUUAAGUACAUCACUGAUAUUAACAAAGGAGACUCAACAAUCAGCCACCUCCCUCCCUGUGAUCAUUCCUCAGGCUUCCAUUUCUGUGCCACCUGGGAUAAUUUCAACAACUGUUCAUUCCAAAGUAAAUGCAAAGGGAGCACCCCUGGUGGAUGUGACCAGGUUGAAUUCUGAGAACAGAAUGGAUGAAGGCGCUGUGAAAAUUGGCGAAAUAGAUCGAGGAGAUGCUGAGUUUGAUUUCAGUAAUGGCUCUCUUCCAGCCACUGUGAGCAACUGGCCAUUGGCAGUCCCUGAAAUGCAUCUCCCAACUGUCUCCAAUCGCAAACCUUUGUUAAAGAACACGACGGAGGUUCAUGCAGCUUCGACAGUGUCACUGAUGGAAACAGCCGCUAAUCGAAUCUCUGGAGUAAAUACAGAAUCCAGUGCUUACUGGGUGGUUGGAAACUGGAGUCACAUCUGUGAGCGAGAUCGGUUGACAUUUGCCUUCUGCCAAACCCUUAAGCUCUUGGGCCGGUGCUACCUUCAAACAGUGCAGGCACAAUGCUGCCAAACGUGUCGGUCACAUGGGGUACGAGACCGUGGCAACGAACGCGUGUCAAGGAGAUGAGAAACUGACACCAACACAACAAAAACAAACUUCUAAAAAAAAUGCAAGGAAAUAAAGAGAUUACAGGGACUGAAAGGCACAAAAGCAAUUCAGGAAAAAGAGAGAUUUGUAAGAAGUUACUUGUUCUAUAUAUAUACGUAUAUAUAAGGAAGAAUCUUUCUUUCAGUAUAAAAUAAAAACCGAAAGAACUGCGGAUGCUGUAAAUUGGGAACAAAAACAGAAGUUGCCGGAAAAGCUCAGCAG